AAAGAAAAAAAAAGUAAAUAUUCAAUAAAAUAAUAUAUAAAAACAAUAAAAAUAAAAAGGACAAAAAUUAUGUCAAUUUAAAAAAUAAAAAAGCUUUAAUAAUAUGCAUUCGUAUAUUUGAUUAUAGGAAUAAUAAUUUUUAUUUAUUUUACAAAUUUGAAACUAAUAUGGAUUGACAGAAAGCCUAGUAGUUUCCUUAAAAUAUUUUAUCUCAUAAUAUUUAAUUUUUUCGCUUUUAUGUUAUUUUGGUCUUUAUUAACCACAAUGUUUACUGACCCCGGAAGAGUUCCUUUAUAUUGGGGAUAUUUUUUAGAAGAUCCUGAACAUAAAAAAAGGCGAUAUUGUUUAAUUUGUCAUAUAUUCAAACCAGAAAGAACUCAUCAUUGUUCAGCCUGUAAUAGAUGUGUGUUAAAUAUGGACCAUCAUUGCUCAUGGUUAAAUACAUGUAUAGGAUUUUCGAACAGGAAAUAUUUUAUGUUAUUAUUAUUUUAUGUAAAUAUUACAACAUGGAUAUCACUUUUUGGGAUGAUAGGGGAAAUAAUAAAUAUAAUAAUUGCAUUUAAGGAUCUAUUGAUGGGGAAUUCUAUAAAAAAUGAAAAUUGGUUUAAAGAUUUUAUAAUAGUUAUUGCAUUUGCACUUGAUGUGACAGCAAUAAUUGUUAUAGGAAUAUUUUUUAAAUUUCAUUUAGAAUUAUUAUUUUCAAAUACAACAACUAUCGAAAAUUUAGAUAAAAAAAGAUAAAACACAUACACAAAUAAUAAUAAU